CAAAAAUACAAAACGUGUGUCCGGCUGGGUUCAUACACAUCAUCUUUCACCUGUAAAGGAAUUAAUUCACAUUCAUUAAAAUAUGGCUGCGUCGAAUUACUCCUUGAAGGUCAACAGAGACCUGUUAGACCCCAACUUUGAAAGCUACAGGUUAUCUUUGGACGCCAUUCCGACUUACAACGUUGAACUGGAUGCUGCUGUGGAGGAGGUGAAGUUGAAGGAUACGCAGUACACCCUGGAGCAUAUGAGGGCUUUUGGCAUGUACAAUUAUCUGCAUAUAGAUCCUUGGUAUGAGGACAGUGUUUUAUUUGUGGACUGCAAAGGACGGGUUCUCAGUUUGACUGUCACUCUGGACACCGCCUUAGGGAAACCCAGAGAGGUUUACCGAAUCACCACAGACCCGAGUUCCUGUGAGGAUCGUCUCUGUGCCUCCCUCAGCCUCACCUCGGCGACAUGGGCAGCCCUGUCGGACGGCGCCGGCAGACUUUACCUCCUCCGAACGGGCAAGAGGGGCGACAGCUCACAUAUGAAGUGGGACAGUUUUUCACUUGUAAGACGUCGGAGUUUAUUUGAGUUUCAGAAAUUGACUGGUUAAGAAUGUUAACCAGGGGUAUUGACCUGGUCUCAUAUGAAA